AUGGCACCCAAGAAGGAGAAACCUACCGGGAGCACAAACUAUAAGAUAUGGGAACCCUCGCUCAUAGCUGCACACUUGAACCAGAAUGAUUGGAAGGCCUCCAUCGCCUUUGUGGUUGGGAACCGAAUUGAGGAUGAGCUUCUCAUUCAUGCCCUUGAACUAGCUGUCCAACUCCCUCAGCGGAAACUCUUCAGUAUCGUGUCAUGGAAAGAACUUCUCCAUCAGAUGGAUGAAAUACAGGCACUUACUGGAGCUGCUACAGCUAAAAAGGGGAAAAAGCCCACAACUGGCAGUUUACCAUUACAUUUUGAGGUGUUGCUGGCAGCAAAAACAAUCAUGGAUACUGGAGAGAAAUUAACCUUACCAUUGAUAGGGAAACUCUUGAAAUUCCAACUUCUCCAUGUUAAAUCCAAGGACCAGCAGAGACGAGAAAAUGAAAAGAAGAUGACAGAAGAAAAAACAAAGUCAGAAAAGGACAAAGGAAAAGGGAAGUCUCCAAAGGAGAAGAAGGCCACCAAUGCCAAGGCUGGGAAGGGAAAGAGCAAGGACCAGCCUGAGGCCACUGUAGCAGUGAGGAAGACCACACAGUUAAAACGGAGGGGAGAAGAAGACGAAAUCAAAUCCUACAUCGAUGAUGAGCCAGACGAUGGUGCCCAACAUUACAUUAUUGUUGUGGGCUUCAACAAUCCUCAGCUAUUGGCCAUUAUGACUGAGCUUGGCAUUCCUAUAACCAGUGUGAUUAAAAUAUCUUCAGAGAAUUAUGAACCUCUGAAGACACACCUGGCAGCAGCGAGGCAGCAGCAGGAAGCUGCCCUUCAGCCAGAAGAUAUAGAAGCUGAAAAAUUGAAAAGAGAAAAUGGCAUUAAGGAACUUGAGGUUUUCUGGAAGUACUUGGAACCAAUCCUGAAUAAUGAGAAACUUGAAACGAAUCUCUUUGAUGUCGCUCGACUCGAGUACACUGCCAAGGCUACACAUUUUCCUUCUGACUGGUCAGACAAUGAGCAGAUGCUUGCGUUGGGCACUGAGAUCUUUGAAAACAUUGCAUGUCUGAUGUACGAUAGUUUGGACUGGAAGAGGCAGCAUCAUCACUAUUUGCAAAGCAUGCAGCUCAUCAAUGUCCCACAGGUGGUUAGUGAGAAGACCAUGUUAGAAGCAAUGACAAUUCCAGAGCCUCCACCACCAACUGCUCCAGCCCCUGGGAAGAAGAAAGCACAAUAUGAGGAGUCACAUGCUCCACCACCAGUGGCUUUUAUCAUCACAACUGAAGUAGACAUGAGGUAUUACAAUGACCUGCUGAAUCCAAUUCCAGAGGAAUUUAUUUCUGUGCCCAUGAUACUGCACUGCAUGCUGGAACAGGUUGUAGCAACUGAAGAAGAUCUCACCCCUCCGAGUUUGGUGGAGCCAGCCCCCAGAGCAGACGGGUUAGACUACAGAAUUGCAGCUCACAUUGUGUCGAUCCUGCCUUCACUCUGCCUCUCCGAGAGGGAGAAGAAGAAUCUCCAUGAGAUAUUCUUAACUGAAGGAGAGAGUGAAAGCAAAGCCCUACCCAAAGGCCCCCUCCUACUGAACUACCAUGAUGCGCAUUCCCACAAGAAGUAUGCACUGAAGGACCAAAAGAAUUUUGACCCAGUUCAAAUUGAGCAGGAGAUGCAGUCCAAGCUGCCGCUGUGGGAAUUCCUCCAGUUCCCUCUGCCUCCUCCAUGGAACAGCACUAAACGGCUUGCCACUGUUCAUGAGCUUAUGCAUUUCUGUACGAACGAAGUUCUGAGCUGGAAUGAAGUAGAACGAGCCUUCAAGGUAUUUACUUUUGAGAGCCUGAAGCUUUCAGAGGUUGAUGAAACAGGAAAGCUCAAGCCCACUGAAGUGAUCAGUGAGACAGAUGUUGAAAAUUUCAACAUUCCUUGGGACAACCCUGCCAGAUUCGCUAAGCUGAUAAGGCAACAGUACGUCCACAGGAUGACCAUGCAGAAGGCCAAGCCAGUAGUCGUAGAUACUGAAAACAAAGACAGAAUACUAUUUGUGAGCCAGAAUUUUGCCAAAGCUGAGCAAGAAGCACAAGGAGAUGAAAAUGCCCCAAAUUCUGAUCAGCCUGCUGCUAACAGUAUGACGUGUUCUACUUCUAACUCCAUGAAACCUGGGUACUCUAGUAAUAGACAGUUCCCAGAGAAAGAAACCAGUGGGUUCAUGUGUCCCCAACCAGAGUUCGUGGAGCAGACCGUGGACACUGAGAUCAAAGAUGAAGCAGCCACAAAGGAUGAUUCUCUUGAAAAAAAACCCAAGAAGAUGGUGGUGGAAGCCGACAUAGAGGACAUUAAAAAAACACAACAGCGCAGUUUAAUGGACUGGAGCUUUACUGAACAUUUUCAGCCGAAAGUCCUGCUUCAGGUUCUUCAGGAGGCUCAUCAGCAAUACCGAUGUGUUGAUUCUUACUACCACACGCAGGACAACUCUUUACUUCUGGUUUUUCAUAAUCCAAUGAAUCUACAGCGUCUGCAUUGUGAAUAUUGGAAUAUUGCUCUUCACUCCAACGUCGGAUUCAGGAAUUACUUAGAACUUGUUGCGAAAUCUAUUGAAGACUGGGUCACACAGGAAGAAGCGAAGUACCAGGAAGCCAAAAUGGCUGAGGAGCUCAACAGGACCAAGAUUGAGUCGGAGUUGAAAGCUACUACUGCCAAAACUUCUGCUAGCAAACUUGCUGUCCCUAAAAAAUCUAAAAGUAACAAAGUAUCCAGCAAAACAGAGCUAUCAGACCAAGAAAAGGAGAAAGAGAAAGAAAAAGACAAGAUGCCCUUCAUAUUAGAAGGCUCUCUCAAGGCAUGGAAGGAAGAACAAGAGAGGUUGGCUGAGGAGGAACGCCUGAAGGAGGAAAAGAAAGCAGAGAAGAAGGGGAAGGAAGCAGGGAAAAAGAAAGGCAAGGAUAAGGCAGACAAAGACGAUGCUAAGGCUUUAAAGAAAAAGUCUUCUUCCAAGGAGAAGCCUAAGGAAGAGCCAGUAAAGACGCUGGAAGUAAUAGAGGAAGCCGUCCCGCUUCCAGAACCAGAAGUCGUUUAUCCGUUCCGAGGAUAUAAUAUGGGAGACAUACCUAUCCAAAUCUCAGGGACAAACUACUACCUGUAUCCUUCUGACGGUGGGCAGAUUGAAGUGGAAAAGACCAGGUUUGAACGAGGCCCAACAUUCAUCAAAGUGAAAGUAAAAAAAGAUAAACACAAUUUUAUAAUUCACCUGAAAGACCCAAAGGAAAUCGUGAAAAAGGAAAAGGAGGAGGAGCACGCAGAAGAGGAAGAGGAGGAAGAGGAGGAAGAGGAGGAGAAGGAGCAUAAGGAGGGGGAAGAGGAAAAUGUAAAACAAAAAGUGGAAAUGAAAAGAACACAGAUAGAGAAGGAAGCUGUCAGCAAAUUUGGAUCCUUUUCUGCCACCUUAGAAAAUGGAAUCUGCCUCUCCAUAAGUUAUUAUGGAUCAAAUGGAAUGGCACCAGAGGUUAUAAAUUCUGAUUUGGAAGCAAUGCUGAAUAUCCCUUCAGCUAUGACAGCAACAGUGGUUCCCGCUGUAGUGACUGUUCCCCAAAGCAAAGUGAAAGCUAAGCCGAAGGGCAAAGAAAAACACAGAGAUUCCAUUAAAGAAGAAGAACUUCCAAAAGAAGAAGAGAAGAAAAAUCACGUACAGGAAGAAGUAGAACCAGAGAUUGUUAUCCAGGAAUCACCUUAUGUACCCACCUUCCAAAACCUAAACGUGUCUUGCCCCAAUGGGCUCCUGCUGACCUUCAUUGGGCAAGAAUCUACAGAUCAUCCCAUCAUAGAUGAAGAAACCACCUGGAACCUCAUGAUCCGCCAGAGCUACCCCCAGAGGUUGAAGCACUAUGAAUUCUAUAAAGCAGUGAUGCCACCCAUGGAGCAGGAGGCAUCAAGAGUUGUCACCAGCCAGGGCACUGUUAUCAAGUAUAUGCUGGAUGGCUCCACACAGAUUCUCUUUGCAGAUGGUGCUGUGAGCAGCAGUCCUGAUUCAGGUCCUGUUUACACAUCUCCUGAAUUGUCUACAAGCCCCCAUAAUGGAGAUUUGGUGGACAAUGCCUCUCAGCCCAAAUCAGAAACAGCACCUUCUGAGAUCAUUACCAAGAAAGGAAAAGGUCACAAAAAUCAAAUAUCGAUGGCAAAUAAGAGUGAAGCCCACGAUGUUCUCCCAGAGGUGCCUCCACCAACUCCCGUGGAGUCCCACAUUGGCACCUGGUUUACCACAACACCUGAUGGAAGAAGAAUUGGCACCAAAGGACUAGAGAAAAUUGUGGACUUGAAACCGUUUUUAUCCUUCCAGGCUACAGAUCCCAUCAAUGGAACGAUCAUGAUUACUCGAGAAGACAAGGUGAUCAUUGUUGAGAAGAAGGAUGGGACCCGGAUCGUGGACCAUGCUGAUGGUACCAGAAUCACAACCUUUUACCAAGUGUAUGAAGAUCACAUUACUCCCCCAAAUGAUGAAGAAACCACCGAAGGUUCAGGGACUGUCACUAGACAGGUGAAGUGUAUGCGGAUAGAAAGCUCACACUAUGCCACUAUUAUCACCAACUGUGAGGACAGUAGCUGCUGCGCCACCUUCGGGGAUGGAACAUCUAUUAUUGCAAAGCCACAGGGAUCAUACCAGGUGCUACCUCCAAACACAGGCUGCCUUUAUAUUGAUAAAGACUGCUCAGCUACAUACUGCCAUGAAUCAAGCAGUAAUUUGUACCAUCCCUUCCAGAAGCGUGAGCAGCUAAGAGCCAGCAGAUAUAUCAUGAAGCACACCUCAGAGGUGAUCUGUGAGGUCCAGGAUCCUGAGGGGAACAUCUUUCAGGUCAUGGCUGAUGGCUCUGUAUCAACACUGUUACCUAAAAAGAAAUUAGAAGAUGACUUCAACAUACAGACUGAGGGCUACGAAAGCUUAUCAUCACUUCACCUUGAAAAGAAUCACAUGCAGAUCUAUGGUGAACAUGUUCCCAGAUUUUUUGUUGUCUAUGCUGAUGGAUCAGGAGUGGAACUUCUCCGAGACAGUGACAUAGAAGAAUACUUAUCCUUAGCCUAUGGAGAGUCAACGACUGUGGUCCUCCAGGAACCAGUACAGGAACACCCAGGGGCCCUGAGCAUCACAGUCCUUCGUCCUUUCCACGAAGCAUCACGAUGGAUCAUGAAGAAGGAACUAGACACCAUCGUUCCUCCAAAUCUCCAGUCAAGGUCAUGGGAAACAUUUCCUUCAGUUGAGAAAAAGACUCCAGGACCACCAUUUGGCACUCAGAUUUGGAAAGGCCUCUGUAUUGGGUCUAAACAGCUGACAAACAUCCCAGCCCCUAUACUUGAAGGCCCCAAAGUGCUACAGAUGCGUCAGUUCAUCCAGCAUGAAGUCAUAAAGAAUGAGGUGAAGCUAAAGCUACAGAUUUCCCUCAAGGACUAUAUAAACCACAUCCUGAAGAAAGAAGAUGAGCUACAGGAGAUGACAGUCAAGGAUUCCAGAACAGAAGAGGAGAGGGGCAAUGCUGCGGAUCUCCUCAAGCUGGUUAUGUCUUUCCCUAAAAUGGAGGAAACUACAAAAAGUCAUGUGACUGAAGUUGCAGCCCACCUAACAGAUUUAUUCAAGCAAUCCAUGGCUUCAGCUCCGAAAUGUUCACCAGACAACUUCACUAAAGAUUUCUUAGAAAAGAAGUGGGGGAGUAUGUCACAAGGAAAGAAAAGCUGGAAAGAAAAGCUGGAGCAACAGAGGAAAAAUAUUGAGAAAACACAAAAUUACCUAAUGCAAGUUAAGACAAAAGAAGUAACGCCUUAUUUUAAGUCUGAAUUGAGCCCGUUAUUUAAGUCACAGUAUGAUUAUCUGGAGAAGCUUUCCAAAAACCUGCCUCCUUUUACUAAGAAAAAUGAGGCUGAAACCAAGACAGCUGCUGUUCUGGAUCCUUACUCAGAUUCUACACUGACUGUAGUUGCAGAAAAAGAAGCCUCAAAUACACAUCUCCUUCCAAACCAGGAGGUUGCUGAGAAUAUCCAAGAGUCUACUAGCCAGAAAGAAACUGAAUAUGUAACCAAAUCUCUCCAGACCUCUUUUUCCCAAAACCAAUAUGAAAAUUUAAUGACAUAUCUCAACGAGUCUGAUAGUCGAAGUCAAACUGAAAUUGAAACCAAAGCUACCAAGGAAUCUGCUAGCCAAAACCUCAUUGAGAAGUUUAAAAAAUCUACCAAGAAGUCUGCUAGCCAAAACCAAAUUGAAAAUCUAAUGAAAUCUACCAAGGAGUCUGCUAGCCAAAGCCACAUUGAAAAUGUCGCCAGACCUCCUACUGAAGAACCAGAUAUCUUCGUGCCAAUCAAAAUUCCAACCCAGUCACUGCUGCAGGAUGUUACUGGACAAGCGAGAAAGGAGAAAGUGAGGUUACCUCAUUACAUGAUGAGCUCCAAGCCCAAGUCUCAGCCUCACACCAAGGUGGAAGAUCCAGUCGGGGGGAAAGUGAAUACAUCCUCCAUUGCAUCCGCAGCUAUUUACAACCCAAAGGCAUCCCCGUUUGGGUUCCACCUUCUCCCACCAUCAGUGAAGUUUGGAGUGCUUAAAGAAGGACACACCUAUGCAACCAUCGUGAAGCUCAAGAACGUUGGUGUGGACUUCUGCAGGUUUAGAGUGAAGCAGCCCCCACCCAGCACUGGACUGAAAGUGACAUAUAAACCCGGGCCUGUGGCUGCUGGUUUGCAAGCAGAGCUAAAGGUAGAGCUAUUUGCCAUGGCUGUUGGAGAAGACGGUGCCAAGGGCUCAGCACACAUCUCCCACACUAUUGAAAUCAUGACAGAGCAUGAUGUUCUGUUCUUACCUGUGGAAGCAACAGUUUUAACAAGCAGCAGCUAUGACAAUCGAUCAAAAGAUCUUCCCCAGGGAAAAGAAAAUCCCAUGGUCUUCAGGACUUCCACAAUCUCCUCCUCUGCACUUGGAGUCGUCAUGUCUCAAAAGGCCACUCAUCAUUAG